AUGGCGACAAUAACACUCGCCAAGCCCAAUAUACCGGUCAAGCUCCCCGAGGGCCUCUCUGAAGAGAAACUCUUAGGGUUCUCACCUUUCAAUAACUGGCUCGCCACCCUAACUCAUUCCCUCUCCCUCCAGCACACCAACGCCGCGCACCCCUUCCACCCGGACCCGUAUGCUCUACGCAGCAUCACAAUCCAAAGUUUCGACCUAUUCGGCCAAGCUCCACGUCAGCGCCUCGCAUUCUUGAAACUUAUUGCCGAGAUCAAGAACAGUGCCGGCAAGGCCCUGCCAGGUAGCGUAUUCCUACGUGGGCCCAGCGUCGCUAUGCUCGUCAUGCUAGUACCAGACGACAUGCCCGCGGGCCACGAAGACGACGAGCGGUACGUAGUGUUAACGGUGCAGGCCCGCAUUCCGGCCGGUAGUCUGGCGUUUGUCGAGUUGCCCGCAGGCAUGGUGGACGAGGGGGGUACGUUCGCGGGGACCGCGGCGCAGGAGAUUAAGGAAGAGCUUGGGCUUGAGAUCCCCGCUUCGGAGUUGCGGUGUCUAAGCGACUUGGCUGCUACUACUGGUUCCAUCGAAAGCAAAGGAAAUGAAGAUGCAAAUGGAGAUGAGAAUGGAGGCGAGGGUGAGGGUGAAGGCGACGAGAACCUGCCUCGAGCUAUGUACCCUUCAGCUGGUGGAUGCGACGAACAUAUCCCGAUAUUCAUGCAUGAACGGCGGGUACCGCGCGAAACCCUCAAAGAAUGGACCGGCAAGCUGACAGGGCUCCGAGAUCACGGGGAGAUGAUCACACUUAAGUUAGUUCCGAUGAGAAGUCUAUGGAGAGAAGGCGCGCGCGACGCGAAAUGCCUUGCUGCGGUGGCGCUAUGGGAAGGACUACGGAGGGAAGGUAAACUGUAA